AUGAUAUUUUCCCUCAACGAAUUAGUGCACUGGCUGGGUUUAACGAUAUUUGAAAUAUGGAUCAAUCUUGUAUCAUUGACAAUAUUUACGAUUUUGCUAGCCAUGAAGAUAGAUAACAAUUAUUUCGCAGGCAAUGGAGGCUGGUGGAUUAUAUUCUCGCCAUUAUUUAUCGGUGAUGGCUUGAACACGUAUUUUUGUGCAAUUAUUUUCAUAAGAAUGCAAAUGGAUGGAGUAAUGAAAAGUGCUAUACUUAGAGCACUAUGGAGUUUGACUUUUCUUUUGUUAGUUUUUGUCUUCAAGUAUUUACUUUGCAAAAAAUUGUCAGGUCAAAGCAGUCUGGAAUAUUCUGAAGUUUUGAGCCCUGUUUUUAUUCUCUUACAACUUAUUGCUGUCAGGGCUUGUCAGCUUCACUGACCCAGGGCUUCAAAUAGAAAUGAUCCUGUCAUAGAAUUUUCUUUACAACAAUCUUCUGUAUAUGUUGCAACUGAACUUAUGUACACAAUACGAUAAACUGAUGUAAAGUGCA